GCCGUAUUGUUGUUCUGUUUAUUUCGUUGAAGAAGGUAGUGUGCGUCGCGUAUUUCGCAAAACAUUUUAAAGAUAAACGAAUAUUUCAUUGACGUGAAAGGCAAGAAUCGUGUAAAGAAACUUGCCAAGUGAAUUAAAAUAAAGGUUUUUAAGUGCUUAUUAUACACAUAAUUAUGUAUAAAACGGAUAUAAUUAAAAAUGUAAAGUCGAAAGUCAUCGAGGGCAUUGAUUGAUUUGGAAAUCGCAAAAUAUAAAAAUGGUGAUAAAUACGUAACAUGGUAUCGGCGAAAUGUGAAGUGCUGCGAAUACUAAAACCCUACGCACAGAACAUGUUGAAGUUUACAUUACAUACUUAUGCUAAAGUAGAUUAAAAAAUGUACAUAUAAAAAAUGUGAUAAGUAAAAUUUUGCGAAAAAUAUUUGUAAUAUACAUAUACGGAUGUGUGUUUAGAGUGAGCAAAUGAAAUCUUUGGCAAUAUUUUACACACUUAAGUGCCAGACGUACUUACAUACAUGCAUACAUCGGCGAAAACAAACACAACUGCGACAGCAAAUAAAAAUAAAUAAAAACAAAUGCAAUACAUAUAUACAUAUGUAUGCGUAUGCAUACAUUAUUAAAAAAAAAGGUUUUGGAAUAUCAACCAGCCAGUUGUAGAUGAGAAAAACAGACAGGGUGUUUAAAAUUGCGACUUGGUCCCCUAAUUUGUUUGUGCUUUCUCCCCAUCUAGUGCCGCCCCUCCCUUUCGCUGAAUGUCAGUAUUUUCGACUAGUGUCGACAAACAGACGAGACAUAUGUCUGCCUCUGCGUCUCCAAUAUAAUUGUGUACAUAUAUUGUAUAUACUUUUCUUGUAUUUUCUAAUCAGAAAAGCAGCAAAUAAAUAAAGUGCAAGAACAACAAUCAGGAGACAAAGCAAAAAAGAACCGAACGCAACGAAAAUUCGACUGAGAGAGUAAAACACGCGCAAGCUAGCAACGCGACCACUGUUGCCGAUUCCGUUCCCAAUCAGCCCCAAUCAGACCAACUUAUUAGGCAUUUAGCCGCACAGCAUCGCAGCCACUGCUCCGCUCUUUGGGGCUACUCAAAUAAUUCGUAUCGGUAUACAUUAUCGCGCUCUCUCGGUAGUACGAAACUGGCAAAAGAGUGUUCGGAACGAGUGAAAUAAAGAAUAGAAAGAAAAGAAAAGGAGAGCAGCAGAAGUAGCAGAAUCCAGUUGGAUUUUUGACAUUUCAGCCUCAGAGCGCCACAAUUUGGUCAUCAGUCGAACGGUCAGUCGCGAGGUCGUUUGUUCAGCGUAUUUUUCUGCAUGCGCAUAUUUUCUAAAUACACUCAACCGUACAAACGCAUAAAUUUUUACUCACACAUGCAUAUAUGUUCAUAUGGAUGGAUGUAUUCGCAUAUGAAUAUAACUAUUUGUGGAGAUACGUCGCACCAAUAAGUGAAAUGUGCAGUGUUUGCGAAUUUGCAGUGCAGGUGAAGAUGUCAUAUAAUGUUUUCAGAAAUUUCUAAAAGUUAGUGUUUUGAAUAGUAAAGCAUCCCAGUGAUAAAUACAAAAUUUGUAUAUUAUGUGAAAAGGUCGCUCAAAGAAGCAAAUAAUAAUAUAAAUAAAUAAAAGGAGUAAAAUAAAAUACCAAAUCAAAAUAAAGACAUGAGGAUUAAAGAAAUAUUUCUAAUUUUUGCUGUGCCUGUGAGUUUAAAAAUAGGCACAGUUUUUUAAUUAUUUGUUUUUAUUUAGUUGUCAGCGCUGCUUUGAAAUUUCGUCGCUGCCAAAAACCGGGCUGUUUGUAAAGUGCGCAAACAAGCAAAUUAAAACGAAAGUUGCAAAAGCACAGAAAAGCUGGGGGUGGAAGAGAGUGUCAGUGGUAGCGAAACGGUCUUGGUGCUGUAUGUCGCAUUUACGAAUGAAAAUGACUGACUACAAAAAUGCCGUCGGAAUUGUAUGCGAAAAUAAUUAAAGCAGUGAAAAAAUAGAAGUAAUAUAAGAAAAUUUGGUGUAUACAAAUUUUCAAAAUAUAACAAAAUAGUAUUAAAAGGCACAUAAUUAAUAAAAUAAAGGAAAUAUAAUAAAAUAUUACACUUGUGCCACUGCAUGAUGUGCCAAAGUGUAAAAAAAUCAAUUAAAAUUGUUCAAGUGGAGAAGAGUGCGAUUAAAGUCGAAAUUUUUGAAUGUGAACAUCUGUAAACAAGUUAAAGUCGGUAAAUUGGACUGUUCUGUUGGUGUGUGACUUGAAGUUACUCAAAUUUUUAUUAGUCUCUGAGACUGCCGCUUCAGCACUACCUUCGUAAGAAGGAAGUGUUCAAAAACGGAUAAUAAAAAAAAUGACUGAGUACGUUACGCCCAAUAUUCACACAGUGCUCAAAAAGUAUCAGACAAGUGCACCAAAAAGUUUACAGGGACCUGGUCAUGCGUUACCAGUUGCUGGCUGCCAGACCGGCCCCAAUUGCCCGCUGGAUGCCACUUUGACUGGCGUGAGUGGCAGCGGUGGCAACCACACAGACCUAAAUACUGGAGGCGUUCGUAAUCUUUGUUCUGGGCACCUGUCGCUUGGGAAUUUGCCAUCCAACAGUUCCUCCAGUAGUGUCCACAAAAUAUCGUCUAACUGCCCGCAAAUAGUAUCAUCACAAUCUUGCUUGAAUUCACCAAAUGCGGGUUCCGCCUUGCCACCGGUCGCACCGCUGAUUAAAAAAGAAGUUCUCAGCUCACCCGAACCACAUGAGCUGGGUGAAAUAUUGCCAUCGCAAUCAUUGCCACUUCCGUUGUCAAUGUCGUCACAAACAACGCAACCUCAAUCCCAAACAGUUCCUUCUCAGCCUCCUGUUACCACAGUUAAAAUUAUACCACCCCCACCACCGGAGUUGUCGCAACCCAUCUUUACCGCACCAGACUCGGGCUCCGGUGUAUUAUACGAAACGCGAUUGGAAGGAAAAACUAUUGGCUGUUUCUCGCUAGGCGGAGAAAUGCGUUUAUGUCUGCCUCAGUUUCUAAACAAUGUACUAGCCGAUUUUACCCUUGAUCAAAUAAAUCGCAUAUUUGAUGAAUUGGGCAUCUAUUGUUCUCAAUGUUCACCUGAUCAACUGUUGGAAUUCAAAGCAGCAAAAAUUUUGCCUACGGAUGUGAAAGCGUCCGGUUUGAUAACACGCACUGAUGCAGAGCGUUUGUGCGCAGCACUUUUACAUCGGGUAGACCGAAAUAAUUACAUUAGCGAUGACGACAUCCCGAAAGGUGCCAUUUCCUUCAAAGUAUAUCACCGCUGUUUCGGGAAAUGUGAUGGUAUCUGCACACCCGAACUUUACUCAUACACAAAGCCAACUUGCAUCAUGUGUCUGGAAUGCAAGGGAUGGUUUUCGCCACAGAAGUUUGUGGGCCAUGUUCAUCGGGAAGUCGAAAAUCGAACAUGUCAUUGGGGUUUCGAUUCACGCAAUUGGCAUGACUAUUUACAUGUGGCUUUAGAUGUCGAAAAUCGAGAAAAGUAUCAGAAGAUUUUGGAUGAGCUGAAGGAGGUCGAAAUCAAGGAAGCUGUAAAGGCACAAAAUGAAAUACUCUACAUGAAACGAAAGCAUGCAUUACAUGUGGAUGACGAAAUGCUCACUUCUCAGAUGGGACAUUCGCUAUCAAGUAUGGUACCACCACCACACCAACAGGUCUCCAAUAUGAGCGAUAAGCAGCGCACUGAAAUGCUUGCUGUUCCAACGAAGAAAGCGAAAGGUCUUGAAGAAGCCGCUGCCUAUCAGCUGGAAUAUCAGCACUAUCAGUCCUUUAUGUAUGCCCACUGUGCACAGCAGCAAAGGAUCGGCUCAAUGUCAGCGUUUAGACCGUGGGCACCGAAAUCUUUCCUACAUCCGGCUGCAACUUAUAACGCGGUAGCAGCAUUCUCCACACUACCCUAUUUAAGUCAAGAACCACCAGUGUUGCAAAAUCCCGAAAGAGUAGUGCGUAGCACAGAUCGUGAACGUUUCGAACGCACCUACCAGCCAAAUGUGGCUCUUGUGCCACGAAAAUGCGUAUUGGUUAAGGAUAGGGAAAAGGAGCACCGCGAGUAUAGAGAACGAGAAAGAGAUCGCGAACGCAUUGAACGAGAACGAGAUCAGGAGCGUUCAAGAGAACGAGAGAAACGUGAACAACACGAUCUCGAGAGGGGUCGAAGAGAACGAGAAAUACAGCAGUUGCAGCAGCAACAUUUACUCCAGCAACAAACUAUGCAUCAGCAACAAAAAUCUGCACAAGAACUGCAAGAGCAAGUGUCACUGUCAAGUUUGUGCCCCACUGAACUGAAAAUAAAACAAGAACGUGCCAAUACACCGAACGAGAUACCGCAGUCGCCACCGCUUAUUAAUACCAGCGGAGAUAACGAGGAUCCUCCCGAUUGCCGUAUUAAUAUACCCAUUAGCGAUAAUGUCGCGACUUUGCCAUUAGUAUCGCCUAUAUCGUUGACGAUGAACCAACAACAACGAAAAAUGCUAAGCAAUAACAAUAGCAGCAGUAAUAGCAAUAGUAAUGGCAGCAGUUGUCAUAGCGAUGCAGACGUUAUGCUUCAACAACAGCAGCAACUUCAAGAGCAGCAGCAGCAAUUGCAACCUCGACGUCAUUCACUUUAUACCUCAAACUCUUCUGCUAGUUCAACAUCGUCGACGGCAUCUACGACGCCCCCACAGCAACAAUUACUGCCUGCUCACCUGCCCCCUUCAAAACAAUACCAACAAGAUCACAAACAUGCCCAAACCUUGGUGCAUCAGGAGCAGCAAACCCGUUUAGGACAAUCGCCACGCACGUGCCCUCUCUCUCCAACAGAUUCACACAGUUCUCAAGAAUUUUCCGGUUCGAACGAGAUCACAUCUUCCACAUCACCUGCCCCAUGCAACGAUAGCAAACAUAUUAGCGGCGACAAUGGACCGCACUACCUUCAUAGACGAGAAAUCGGCCGAGAUCAACCACUUAUUGCUACGGUGAAUCAGCAUGCAAAGCUUCUGCCAUCACCAUUAUCAGCAAAUUUUACUGCCAACAACAAUAGCAACCACAACGAAUUGCAUAGCCGAAUUCGGAUAAGCAAAAAUUUAAUCAAUCGGUCGAAUAUAAUGAGAUCGCCAACACCUCCACCAUCACUACCUCCAACAGCUGCAUUGUCCCAACUUCAUACGCAACAAGAGCCCAGUCACACACCACAACAACAACAGCUACAACCCCAACUGCAAAUAUUGCAACAGCAUCAGCAACAGUACGAAUUUUAUAAGCACAAUCAGCGAGCUUACGAUCAACAACGUCAGCAGCACCAACACCAGGCGCUAUCAACAAUACAACACCAACACAUCCUCAUCCGCUCUCAACCAAAUUUGCAGCAUGUAAAACAUUCGCCUUCACAGUCUUCCACUACCACAGGGUUAAAUUUGAGCACCAACUCCACAAAAGUUCUAAUGCGGACAGACGUGACAGAUGCACAAAAUCCGCUAGAAUCCCAGCUUCAAAGCUCAUACAAUGGACUGCCAUACGUCGGCUCCGAGUUCGAGCUGUCCACGGACACUGACGAUGACAGUGUGAACGGAGAGGCGGAUAGCAGCAAUAUUUUAGCACCUUGGGAUAUGGUCGUUGAAGCACUCCGUGAUACCGGACCCAAGGAACGAGAUCGAGUACUCGGUCUGUUACGGAAAGUUUUACACGAAAACCAACAAUUACGUUAUAGCAAUCUUCAACUCAGCGAAAUGACACACAAACGUGACGUAAUGAUCAGAGAACUUCGAGAACAGCUACGAGCGUGUCGACACCAUUUGCAAAUUCUCAGGUUACAAGAGCCCACCAUUCAAUCCAAUGGCUUGGGCAACCAAGACGGUCUUCAAGAUGACAAGAUUCGCAGCUUACCAUUGAAAAAAUCAUUAACGAUCAUAGACGAGAACGAUUUUGUAAACACCUGUCUAACCAAAGAAACCGACGUCGGUGAAAAUGAUAAUAACUUCGUGAAAGUGAAUAGUCAGACAAAGUUAUAUGAGAGAAAGAAAAGGAAUCAGUCGGAAAAUGAUCAAUUCAGCAAUAAUGAAGAUGAACAUGAAGCUCUUUGCAACAAUAAGGAAAACGAUUAUGAUCACGGUAAUGGUAGUGAUAAAGAAAGUGAGAAAGCCGAUAAUGCUGUUGAUAUCGUUGAUCAUAUCCGAAGUAACGCCGACAUCGAAGAAAGUGUUGAUGAACCAGCGAGCAACAAAAAUGAUGUUAACGAAAUUGAUAUAGAUAAGCAGCCACAAGCGAAGCGUUCUAGAAUCGAAAGUGGCAGUGAAAGCAGUGAUAGCUUAAGCCGGACAUAUGCAAUAAACAAAGAAAACAUAGGCCAUUUAGCAGAACAUACAUCACAAGGAACUGAUCAUGAUCCCAAUUUCGAUUCUGAAGACGAGGCGCCGUUGUCGGAUUACGGCAACGAGUGCCCAAAAAAUAAAAAUAAAGUAUACACGCAAAUAAGCAACACUGAUUUGGGUGAUGACGAAGCGGAGACUUCCCGUUUCACUGUUACAAAUGGUAGCAGCAGUGAUACAAAUACAUCGGAUGAUGACGGAGAUGAAAGCAGCGCACCCUUAACGAGCUCACAAACGGUAGAGUCAGAUGUUCAAGCACCACACAGCAGCUCCUUAGGUAUAGUACCAGCGGCAAGUACGCCACUGUCGCCUCAUUCAACCGCAACUGCUGGACAGUUGUUCGACAGCAGCAAUAGUAGUGAUGAAUUAUCAAUGAAGAAAGCCCAAAUGUCAGCAUCUGAUGCUCUUGCGAAAAUAUCUGAAUCUGCGGACGAUCGCGACGACUUGGCGAAAUUGAAAGAAAAGACAAAGUUCAAGGAAGUUGAAAAAAGGUUUGACGGUGUCCAAGACAGCGCUUGCGAUGAGAUAAAAACUAGUGACAACCGUGAAAAUGUGAAAGCAGGGACUUUGAACAUUAAAAAAGAGCAAAUCUGUACGCGCGAUAGAAGAUUUAUGAACAACUCUAUUCCGUCAGGAAAAUCAAAUGAAGUACAAAAGGCUACAAAAUACGACGACGAAAAAUUCAGCGUCAGUGCUAAGGUUAACAACAAUAACAUAUGUAAGGAUCAGGUGACCCGAACACCUCUCGCCACGAAGGCGAGUAAAAAAGAAACACCGACAACAAACACCGAGUUAUGGGUCAAAGAGGAGAUAAUGUAACCGUUACAAUGCAAUAAGACUGAUAGUCGGCGUGUUCGAAGGGUCUACGAUAGAGUAUAUAAAAACAGGCUAACAUAAUUAACUCAUUUAUCAUGGUAAUGCGAGAGUACUUUCUUAGUACAAGUGGAAAUACAUAAGUAUAUGUAUAUACACACCUUUACUCUGCUUCCCUUAUGAAGAGUACAAUUAACAAGUAAUGUAAAUACUCCAAAUACUCACAUAUGUACAUAAUAAGUAUGUAUUUAUGUGCUUCUCUUUUAAUUACAUUUAGCCUACUAUGUACUACAGCUUCCAUGCUAAAAUGCUUCAAAGCUGACCACAAGUUCACCACGGUAAAUAAUACAGAACUAAAGUGUUACAUUUAUUCAGAUACAUUAAAUAAACGCAUACAUAUACAUACAUACAUAUGUAUGUUUGUGUAUUUGGAAUAUUAAAAUAUUUCAAAUUUAUGGACCGAUACAAUUUUUUAAGAAUUUCAAUAUGAAUUUUUUGCUUUCACGAAAUACGAGUAAUAAAAGUCGUUGGAAAAUAGUUAGGUGACAAAAGUUAAUGGUUACUUCAAUCAACUAGAUUCUAAGCAUAGAAGGCAAGUUGAACACAAUGUAAAAAGCUUCAACGCACACCCAUGCGUGUAUUCACAUACUAUAUGUACAUACAUAACAUAAAUAAUACAAAUCGUUUUAUUCGUUUACUGAGUUUUUGUAUACAAACCUUUCGUUCUUAAUUCAAUUGUUAGAAAAUAUUGAGAACUUCUUCUUUCUUAAACAACUGAAACCUUUUACUGUAAUAUGUAAAAAAAAAAAUUAAUUUUUUAACCAUGUUUUUGGUAGAUGUCCCGUUUUACGAAUAUGCUCUCCCAGUAAUUUCUUUAAGUUUUUCAAAACGAACUGUAUUUUCUUGUUAUUCUGUUUAAAGUGCAAAAAAAGCAUACAAAAUAUAUAUUUACUGAAACCAAAGCUUUAAAAGGAAUUAAAACAAAAAGUUUAUUUAAGAAACCUACAUAUGUACAUACACAUACUUGUAUAUUUAUAAUAUUAAUUCAAUAUCUGUAAGUAGGCCUUUUUUCAUUUACUUUGUACAUAUACAUAUGUAUAGUAAUGUCCGUAGUUUAAUUAUUAUUCGUAAAAAGUAUAAUUAAAACCAAACAAUGCAGAAAAAAAGCUAUGCAUUACACACAUAAGUAUACUUAAUUACAACUGUUUUCCGAUAACUCCCGCUAUAUUUGAAUUCAAUACGCACGCAUAGCUAUUAAUCAUAUAUUUGCAUUUUCAUGCAUUGCAUUUUUGUAUGCAAUACUCUGUAUAAAAUUGUUCAAAAAUCCGGGUAUGUUCUAUGCUGGUGCACACUUAGCCCUUAGAAUUGUUAAAUAUUGAUUAAUAAAGUUGGGUAGAAACUUUACUUCUUCUAACUAUAUUAUUAAUAUACUUAUUUAUAGUAUAUGAUAUAUGCAUGUAUAUUUGUUUAUUAUGUUUGACACAAAACAAGCCAGAUUAGCCCACCAGUUAAAAUAUAAAUUAGUUUUGAUGGAGAAUGCCUGUUUGUAUAAUCAAAUAAGUGAUUAAUAUAUUUUUAUUAAUUGAAAGGUGAAGUAACAAGUAUACAGCAGAUAAUACAUAAAUAUGUUAACUCAAUAUUAUGUUACUCACAAUAUGAAUAUGUACACACAUACAUAUACAAUUAUUUCAAUUACACAUGUACAAACAACUUUGUUCAGUUCGUUUGACAUUAUUUAAUUGUACAAAAUUCGCUAAUAUUUUUUUAUUUAGUAUUGUUUAUAAUAUUUAUUUUAGCAUUAGAAUGUUAAUAACGCUACAUACGAUUCUGCCUUCCUUUGUGUCUCCUUAGUCACUUUAUCGUUGUUUUAUUUUUAUAUAUACAUAUUUCAAAAAUAUUUUGUUGUCUUAUAAUGUUUUGACCAAAUUAGAAUUUAAAUUUCAAUAAACUUGAACAAUUCAAUGUGAUUUUGUUUUGUUAAAAAAGCAAAGAAAAACGAAAAUAAAUUGUAAAGAUUUCUAAAAUCAAAUAAGUUUGUUAAUAAAAAAUAAAUUAUGAAAUAAUAUGAGAAGCCAUUUAUGUUAAUUAAAAUAAUAAUUAAAAUAAUAAUAACAAUACCAAAAAGGUGCAAAUUACAAUUGCGUACAAGAUAUGCUAUCGGGGUUGAAAUACUGUAAUUCCGAUGAGGAUAUGGUGAUAGCACAACCAAUAUAACCUUCUAAGAAUAAGAUUGAAUAAGUUACCACUUGUGUAAUUUUGUACAUCAUUAAAACUCAAACAGAUAAAUACUUAAGUAUGUAAAAUAUCUACUACAAUAAACAUAUAUACAUAACAGUUUUGAAAAUUAAUUAUCUAUUGUCGGGUUGACUGUAAACAUAUAGUUUGUAGAAACGAAAAACAAAAUGUCAAGAUUACAUUACUUUGAAAAGAAAUAUAAAUGAUGACAGUUAAGAAUUUGUGUUAUUGUAAGCUUAAAGAGAAAUUCAAAUUUCUGAAAAUAAAACUACAAUUAUUUGUAAUAAGUUGCGUGUUUCAUUUUUUACUGCUAAAAACUCGAUGGUCAUUAUUCUUUAUUUAACAAAAAGACGAAAGACACCAUUAGCAAUAAAGAUAUAUACUUCGAAAUUUGAGGUGAAUAUUUGAAAAUUAACCAUGAAGGCAGCUUAUAGACUUUAGUCAAAAAACAAAUACAACUUAGUAGAAAUUUGGUAACAUUUAAUUUUCGAUAUGUUUUUUAUAUUUAUGCGGGGAUAACAGCACAUUAUUCCGUCAGCUCUAAUUAUCUUUAUUGUCAAAGGGAAAAUACUUGAAUAUACAUAUGUUAUUCUUGAGGAAGUCGAUUUUUGUUUUCAAGGAUAUAUACAGAUUUGUAUAGAUAAGUAUGCUUAUCUAUAUAGAUACAUACCCACAUAUGUAUGUAUGAGAUGACAAAAUUUUACUAAAAUAUAUUGCGUUGAAGAUUGAUUAAAAACCUUAUUUAUUGUGAAUAUAUUAGAAAAUUGUAUAUAUUAGAAUUUCAGCAAAAACCAAAAAAAAAAUUUUUUUUUUGUCAUUGUUAAUCCCUUUAUGUACAGUUCGAAUCGGAAUACAAAAUAACUGAUGCAAUAAAGCUAAUAAAUGAAGUGUUGUUAAAUCUGGUUAUAUCUAUUUUAAAUAAGUAUAUAGAAAAUAUCCUUGUUAUGGAUAAUGCGUUGAUCGCGCUCAAGUAAAUGUACUUGCAACAAAAGUGGACAUCCAAUACCCUGUUCGAGCACACAAUUAACUGACAUUUUUAUAAAUUUUACUGAAGUUUAGUACCGUGAUUUCUAUGAUCAGAAGAACAAUUUGUUAGAUUGAAAAUUGUAUAGAUAAAAUAUUGCUACAAUCGUAUAAAUAUACUUAAGUAAUUGAAAUGCCAAAGACCUCUAACAACAAAAGGAACCAGGAGAACUGGGAAAUAAAACACCUAAUUCUAAAAAAUAAAGAAAUAUAUUGGAAACAAUAAUAUUUUUAUUCAUAUUUUUUAAGUUGUAAUACGAAAACAGAGAACAUCGCCGAGUGGCAAUGUAUCCACAUUAAAAUUUGCAUUAUAUGACUACUCCUUAAACAACAAUUUUUAAAGCAAGAAGUGUACAAAUACUCAGAUAAUUAAUCAAAGAAUUAUAACCAAACAAUAAAGAAUUUAAGAACAUACAUAUAUAUAAAAGCGGAAUAGUAAAUAGUGACAAAAAUAUAAAAAUUAUUUAUCUUCAACGUUAAACAGUUUCAUAUUAUGUAGUGAAUUAUAUACUAUACAUACAUAUAUACCCACGUGAAAAUAAACGGACGAAAACUUAAUAUACAAAAUACAUGCAUACUUAAAUCGAUGAACAAUCCUGUGUAACGAUUCAGAGUAGAUUAAAAAGAUCUUUCAUAACAAUAUACUUAAUAAGGAUAUGAAUUUUUGAAAUGUACAAGACAAUGAUACAACCAAUAAAUUAAUAAAAAUUUGAAAAUAAUUAUAUGUA